AUGUGGGAGGCGGACCCGGCGGCGUGGGAAGAGACGCCCGCGGGCGAACGCGCGUGGACGGUGUGGACGGGAGAGAAAGGAUGGAUGUACUGGAUGAAUCAAGCGUCGCUGUACGGCGCGGGAGGAUUGGCAUUUUUUUGGGUGGUGUUCAGGUUCAUCGGACCGGCGAUCGGGUUGUACACGUUGAAUUGA